AGCAGCAGAGCAGAAGCCACAGCAGUCGUCUGUCUGCCUCAACCAAGUCACAAUGAGCGGGGGCUCUGAGUUUUACUUCAAUGUGAAUAACGGCUACUUGGAGGGGCUCGUCCGGGGAUUCAAGGGUGGGAUUCUCAAGCAGGCGGAUUACCAAAACCUGGUGCAGUGUGAAACUCUAGAAGAUAUGAAACUACAUCUUCAGAGCACUGACUAUGGAAACUUCUUAUCCAAUGAAACGGGCUCCCUGACGGUCUCCAUCAUCGACGACAAGCUCAAAGAAAAGCUGCUGACCGAGUUUCAUUACUUUAGGAACCACUCGUUUGAACCUCUGAGCACCUUCCUGAACUACAUCACUUUCAGUUACAUGAUUGACAACAUCAUUUUGCUGAUCACCGGCACUCUACGUCAAAGGCCAGUUGCUGAGCUCGUUCCAAAAUGUCACCCGCUGGGCAGCUUUGACCAGAUGGAGGCUGUCAGUAUCGCCCAGACGCCAGCAGAGCUCUACAAUGCCAUCAUAGUUGACACGCCACUAGCUCCAUUUUUCCAGGACUGUUUGUCUGAAAACGACAUGGACGAGAUGAACGUCGAGAUUAUGAGAAAUAAACUGUAUAAGGCUUACAUCGAAAGUUUUCAUAAAUUUUGCAAAGAAGAAGGAGGCACGACAGAAGAGAUCAUGUGUCCCAUUCUGGAGUUUGAAGCUGACCGUCGUGCAUUUAUAAUCACCGUCAACUCUUUUGGAACGGAACUUGACAAGACGGAUCGGGAGAAGUUGUACCCAACAUGUGGAAAGCUACACCCUGAAGGUCUGCACAGACUGGCCAAUGCGGAGGAUUAUGAAACUGUAAAAGCCACGGCUGAAUAUUAUGCUGAGUACAAAUAUCUGUUUGAAGGUUCUGGCCAGGGUUCUGACAAGACGCUAGAGGACAAAUUUUUUGAACAUGAGGUGAAGAUGAACGUCCUGGCCUUUCUUAACCAGUUUCAUUAUGGAGUCUUCUACGCCUACAUUAAGCUGAAGGAGCAGGAGUGUCGGAACAUUGUGUGGAUUGCAGAGUGCAUCUCCCAAAGGCACAGAACGAAGAUAGACAAUUACAUUCCAAUUUUGUAAAGUGAGAAUUAGAGAUCAUUGCCUAACAUUUUGCGUUUGUCUUUGUAGGAUUACCUGAGCACACCUGCCCGGUUUUUAGAAAUGUUUUAAACUGUAACUGUGUCUGGUUAAGGUAGCCAUUAAUCGAAUUAUAAUGUUGUUUAUUACUCAUUUCAAGAGAGCACAUUCAGUCUGUUAAAGCCAUAAACCGUAAACCGAUACUAAUAAAUGUAUUGUACUCGA